AUGUGCGAAACUCAAGAAGAUUUGCUAAAUGAAUUUAAUGCGUCUGCGCGAACCGGAAGACGGAACGCCGUUCCCGAGGUUGACGUUCAGGGAAUCGAUUCGGAAGCUAUUAAAUUAACUGAAAGGAUAUCAAAUAUGGAGGUUUGCGCGGCGAAUGAUACUUCUUCGACGACUAAUACAUCGAAUUUACAAACAGGAAUGCCUUCCUUGGAUGAACAUUUCAAAAUUCGUGUCCUCAAGUGA